AUGAUCAAUGAGGGAGAUAUCGUAUUUGUCGACUACGGUGAAGUUCCACAGGUCGUGCACUGUCGCUUGGUCGCAGGGCAUGUGCAAAAUGACAUUUAUGUGAUCGUCACGCCGGAUCACGAUGUUUAUGAAGAGCAGCUCUCGAAUCUUAACCCCGACCUAGUGGGCUACUUCUAUGGAGGACCGGGUCUCGGCGCGCAUCCACCGGCUGGAGUCAAUCCUGCUAGAGUGUAUGGAUUUGGACCCAUGACUGCCAUAGAAUAUCAAAGGCUUAUGUUGCAGGGGCGGACUUAUGCCAAUGGGUUGAGGACCGCUUUGGGGCUCCCAGUGCUUGGGGCUCCGGCAGCUCCAGCUGCUCCAGCGGGUGCUCCGGCUCCUGCUGCUCCGCCUACAGCUUGGGUGGCGAUUGAAAGUCGCGGUGCCAUGCAGAGGGGCAGUGUGGUGUUUGCAGAGGGUCAGCCUCUGCCUCCUGGGGCAGUUCAGCUUGGAGACCGAGCCAUCAUUCCGGAUGCCUCGGGACACUCAAUCUGUUUGAAGCGAAUCCUUGUGACGCAGGUCGGCUCCAUGGAAAGCAAGGACCUCCGCACAUUGGACCCCAUCUUUGAUUCGCAAGGCAGCCGGCGAGCAGAAUUUGCAGACGCUGUGGCCAAGAUGUCUCAAGAAUUCAUGCCUGGAGGAGGACUCCAGCUGGACGGGCCAGCCUCAUGCCUUGGCGUGCUCAAAGGAAUGGUUGCUCGGGGCCUGACUCCGGUUACGGACCAUGAGAGGUGGGUUCUCACCAAUGAUAUCUCCAAGGGCGACCGGUCUAUCUAUGAGAUGGAGGUGAUCACCCGGGUGAUGGAGGCCUUCAUCAUGAUUGACCAGCUGAACGUGCCGAACCUGGUGGGGACAGAACUGCUCAUGCGUCGCUGGCAGGUGAUCCGUGAGGCGCAUCGUAUAUCGCCGGGAGCCCCCGACUACAGUGCGGCAGACAUUGUGAUGGGGUGGUCGUACAGGCGUGGCGAUGGCAUGCGCCAACCACUGGCGAAGUAUGUGGCGGAGGAACUCAAGGACCAGGCUGCAAUAGCCAAAGAAGCGAGGAAGGCCAAGGAAGAAAUGGCUGCUCGGGAGGUCUUCCUUUUUGAAGUUCUCUUCGGCAUGCUUGGCGAUGGUCGGUGGCGAGAUCUCUUACCUCUGCCCCUCUUCAGGCCUGCCUCCCCAGGAAGUCAACAGGAUUCAGGGGGUAAAAAUUUUGAGUCUGUGAGUUCUAAGCGAAACCGCGUUCGAAGGGAGGACAAUGUUUCCAAAGUCAAUGAGGUGAUCCAUGCUGUUAAUGAGAUGGCAGGCUUCACUGCCCCUUCGAAGAAACCUGCGCUCAAGGCGCAGUGUGCAGCACAGACAGUUUUGAUGAGGUCAGUGGCUAGCCUUCCUAGAUGUGCCGAAAGACCUCGUAUGCGUGAGGCUAUUCAUGAGCUUCUGCGCUUGAGCCCUUCUUCAGAGUACAUGUCCGAAGAAGUGGUACGAAGCACAGUUCACCCAUAUGACCCUUGCCUUGUUUCUCUUCCUGAAUGUGGUGCCGCUCCAUGUGAUGCCACUGAAUUGAUUGAUGAGCGAGGCCGAGACGUCUUGGAGCGGUUUGAGGACACGAUGAUAGCGUCGGAUGAGGCGUUGGGGAGUUUGUUUGAGUCGCAGAAACAUAUCAAACCAGAUCUUGAUGAGGUGUUUCAGAAAGAGCCUUCCAAGUACAUUGCCUUCAUUAAAGACCUGUACGAGCGGGGGAUGAUCGAAUUUCGGGAGCAUGCGAAGUCCAUCAUCACGCCUUUCUUCGUCACAAAGAAGAAUGGGAAGCUGAGGUUGGUUUUGGACUGCCGUGCCUCAAACCAACACUUCACCCCUCCGCCAGACAUCGCGCUGGCAGCGGGCUACACUUUUGGCCAGCUGGAGGUGGGAGCCAAUGAAGUGAUGUACACAGCUCAAAGUGAUGUCAAGGACUACUUCUACUCUAUAGGUCUACCGCGGGGGUUACGAGGAUAUUUUUGUAUGCCGUCUAUUCCCAUUGAAGAUGCAAAGGAGCUCUGUGAUUUAAGCGGUUUUGGCGAAGUAGACCGAGUCUAUCCUUGCAUGCAAGUGGUUCCUAUGGGUUGGUCAUGGGCUAUGUGGCUGGCCCAACGAGUGCACCAGCAUCAGGCAUGCAUUGCGCUUGAUAUCUCGCCCGCUCAGGUGCUGGCUGAUGGUCGCCCGCCUCCUUCAAUGAGCUCAGGCGAGCCCGUGAUCAUCCCAUACGCCGAUAACCUCAAUGUUUGUGGCAUUGACAGUCAAAGAGUGCAAUCAGCAAAAGAUAAAGUGGUACAGCAGCUUCAAUCUGUCGGCUUUCGGGUGCAUGAGGAAGAGGAUGCGAGUGCUGUGGUGCAGGCCUUGGGCUUCAUCCUUGAUGGACAGAAAGGUGAGGUUCGGCCGAUUCCUCGAAAGAGGGACAAACUCAGAUUAGUGCUGCUGUGGCUGUCCACCCGUCCCAAAAUCACUGGCAGAGCACUGGAGAGAGUCAUUGGGCAUUCCAUUCAUAUGUUCAUGCUUAGGCGCGAGUUGCUUUCCGUCUUCAGGGCGGUGUACGAUUUCAAAGUUGCACACUACAAAAAGCCAGUGAGACUGUGGGCAUCUGCGGCAAAGGAAUGCAAGUGGGCUGCGGCUUUGCUUUUAGUAUGUAAGAGCGACUUGAGGUUGCCGUGGUGUGGUGACAUCACAGUUUCCGAUGCCUGCUUGACUGGUACAGCCGUGGCAACGUUGCAUUCAGAUCCCAGCACUGCUAGGAGUGUCGGUCAAUGCCGUGAAAUGUGGAGGUUUAAAUCGAGGGACCCAUUGAGCCGUGCAAGAGAUGCAGUGCUGAAGUUAGAUCCGUUCGCUGAUGUCUCAUCCGUGAAGCCUUUGACGACGGAAAAGCAGGACCCCUUUCAGAUCAAUGCUGAGUUUCAACAUGUUCCAGAGAGUCUUGCCUGCUCGGACAAGUGGGUGACGCAGUUUGCAACCCGCAUGCAAUAUUCGGAACAUAUCACUUUGCUCGAGGGGAGGGGGUCUCUUCAAGCUAUUCGUCACAAAUUGCGAACUGCUCGUAACUUUGGGUUGAAGCAUCUGCACUUGGGGGACAACCUGGGCAUGACCUUAGCCUAUGACCGUGGGCGUGCGAAAUCUAUUCCAUUAUUGAUGUGUUGUAGGAGAGCAGCGGCUUACAGCGUGGCUGCAAAUUGCACCUUCACACAUAGAUGGUUGCCGUCAGAGUGGAGUGCCGCAGAUGGUCCGUCUAGGAGAUGGGAGUCGCAAGCCCCAAAGGUCAAGAGCAAGCGCAUGUGCAAGAAAGUCCGUGAAGGCCUCUGCUACCCCGAAAGCAAAGGUCAGGGCAUCCAACACCAGGUCCGGCAGUUCAUCGCAGCGCCUUCGAAGAAAGAGCUGAGGCAGUCCAUCCAAGGGAAGGACGAAGCGACCAGGGCAUGCAAACGCAAGGCCUUGGCAGAGAACAAGACGCUGCUGGAAGCGGCAGCGGUGGCGCCCCGGACUGGAGAGGAGUAUCAGCACAAGCUGAGAUUGUUCCAGUCAUUCUGCCGUGUCCAGAAGUUGAAGCUGCAAAGGCCGAAAAGCAUCGACCACGCAUUGAACUUGUUCCUCAACCAGUCCUUCCUCGAAGGUUGGUCCGUGGCAGAGGGCAACAAAUGUCUGGCGGCAGUGAUGGACUGGCGGCCAGAUGUCUCCAAACACCAGCUACCUCGCAGCCGUCGGUCUCUGCAAGGAUGGAAGAAUUUAGACCCGGGCGCGACACGCCCGCCGAUCGCAUGGCCUCUUAUAGCACUGAUCGCGCUGCAGAUGGUCGAGUCAGGCCACUUAGUGGAGGCUGUGGCUGUCCUACUGAUGUUCGUGAUCUAUGCCCGGCCUGGGGAAAUUUUUUCCAUCCGCAGAAUGGACUUGGUUGGCAGUCUGGCGUUGGGGAUGGAUUGGGCCAUCAACUUGCACCCGGCAGAGGAGUUGGAGGCGUCGAAAGUCAACGUGACGAACGAAACCAUCCUGCUCAACAGCCAGGAGGUGCCAUGGUUGGGCCCAGUGUUGGCAUGCCUGUCACAUCUACCCGAGGGGCCUCUCUUCGCAAGCACUUACCAGAAUGUGCAACAGGCAUGGAUGGCAGCUCAACAAACUUUGGGUCUGAAGGUCAAGGCCGUCUUGCACCAAUUGCGCCAUUCCGGCGCAAGUUGGGAUCGGUACAAGAACUACAGGGACACUCUGGAAGUCAAACUUCGGGGGCGAUGGCAGGCGGACAGCAGCGUUCGCCGUCCUUGGCUUAUGCGGCCUUGCAAAAUAAGACAGCGCGGCAAGAUCCUGGAGCUCUUCUCUGGAAGUGCUGCCCUGUCGAGGAGUUUCUUCAGACACGGUUUUUGUGUUGAAGCAUGGGGCAUUGAGUACAACUCUUUGUGCGAUCUAAGCAAUACUCAAACGCUGCACGGCUUAAUCCUCCGCAUCAAGUCGCGGGAGUUUGACUUUGUUCAUCUUGGGACGCCUUGUACCUCAUGGAGCCUGGCCAGACGCGACGAUGGACGUGGUCCAGGCGCCGUGAGGGACAGUGACCAGUUCCUCUACGGUCUACCACACCUCAAGCCCAAGGACCAGGCCACUGUGACCUUAGGCAACCUCCUGCUUGAGGUCUCGCGUGCAGUGUUUGAGGCUUGCAUGGACAGUGGUGUGGCAAUGUCGCUGGAGAACCCGGCAUCUAGCCGGCUCUGGCUGACCAGAGAAAUCCAGCAACUGUUGCAGCGCGGUGCACGCUCCGUUAACGGGAAAGAAUUCGGCUGGGCAGUGGAACACCAAGAUGGCUCAACCGUAUCCACCGCGCAUGUGCCGUGCCAUAGUGCGGGCUUUUCUCGCAAGACAGCAGACUACGAGGUCGGAUGUGGGGACAAGAUGAUGAUGUGGACUGGCGUUUUUCUCUUUCAGCUCCGAUGA